CACACGCUCUUUUGCCUUUUUCCCUCACCUUUUCUUCUUUUUGCCUUUUUGUCCAUCUCCUUUGAACACCAUUUUCUCUCUCUCUCUCUCUCUCUCUCCCCUAAAUCCUUUAAAUAAAGCCAUUAAUUUUUUUUAAUAAUUUAGUUUUUCAUUUUCAUGAUCCAAUUAAAACUUGUUACAGAAAACCAAAACCCCAUUUCUCCAAUCACUAAAGAAACAAAAAGAACCCUUCAAAAUAUUCUAAUAUUUCAAAGAAAGUUCCUUUUUCUUUUUCCUUCUUUGGUGAUGUCUACACCAUUAGAACAGCAGCAGCCACCACUGGUGGGAACGACCCAAGAAGCCUACACGGCCCAUACGGGUCACGGGUCUGUCGGACCCGUCAUAGCCGUAGUAGCAGUGAUCACUAUCCUCGGUAUCAUAGCUGGCAUGAUCGGGAGACUCUGUUCCGGGAGACCCAUCAUGGGUCAUGGUCACUACGAUUUUGAAGGUUGGGUUGAGAGGAAAUGCUCUUCUUGCCUUGACGGUACGGUGGUAGACCCGCCUUCGUCGCGUCCGGCGGAUGAGGAGGAGGAGCACGCGGCUGUGCCUGCAGAGGAGACCCAACAAGAGAUCAAAGAUGAAGAGCACGAUGAAGCACAAAAGCAACAUGGAAGUAGCAGUAAAUCUUGAUUAUUGUUUCUUCUUCUUUUUUGUUUUUUAUUUUUUUUACCUUCAUGGUUAUACUCUCAUUGUACGUGCAAAAAGAAAAUGGAUUCUCUUUUAUUUUUCAUUGGUUUUUAUAUAUAAUUUUAUUAUAUCUAAA